GGGGGGAGUGAAACGAGGCGUAGGAGGAGACUAGACUUGCUGCAGAAGGAAAAAGGAGUCGGAGAGCAGUUCCAAAACAGCUGUCCAGCAGACGUCCCGGUCGUCAGAAGUGCAGCCCCCGGAGGCGGAUACAGGAGGCAGGACAGUGUCAACAAGCCACAGGAGCAGCUCUGCAGCACACACACAGACAGAGACACACACACACAGACAGAGACACACACUUCAUCCCGAGAAGAGACGCAUACCUGACGAGGACUUGGAUCUGGCCUGCCAAAAGAGCCGAGAGAAGUGUCCCUUCGCUGGAAAGCACCAGCCGUGACCGGAGAACCACUGCCAGAUCGAUGCGGCAAUCAUCUUUGGACUCCUGCCAGUGGCAUCUGUUUCUGAGAAUGUAACUGAAGCUUCUCUCAACGUUCAGACCUCACAGAACGUUUCCGUCCGCCUUCUCCUGCACGUCCGAACGCGGCCUCCCAAAGAAACAGCCAUGCCAGCAAAAGCACCCAUAUACCUGAAGCCCACCAACAGCAAGAAGGGGAAAAAGUGCCGACUGAGAGACAUUUUGUCCCCCGACAUGAUCAGCCCACCGCUGGGAGACUUUCGCCAUACCAUCCACAUUGGCCGAGGCGGGGAGAGAGACGCCUUCGGAGACAUGUCCUUCCUUCAGGGAAAGUAUGAGCUACUACCCGGAAAGAUGGAAGUCCACCCUCAUUAUGGCAACCAAAGUGAAUAUCUGCGAGCACACAGCACAGGGGACGCUUCCUUUGCAGAGACCCCAUCACCAGUGCUCAAGAACGCAAUCUCACUCCCGACCAUCGGGGGCAGCCAGGCCCUAACCCUUCCGCUCAUACCCGCCACGGUUUUCCCGAUGCAACCGGAUCCACUGGAGGUCUUCAUGAGUCCGUCACCUCCUUUGAAAGCUGAAAAUCCGAAUGAGGUUGAGAUCCUGCAGAUGGACGCCCUGCUGCGGUCCAUGGAGGUCUUCGACGGCGAGCCUUCGUCCCCUUUCAAAGACGUCCAGUCAAAACCCAACGUCCUGCUGGACCUGCUGGAAGGCACACACAAGUCGACCCUGAAGGCGGUCGCCAAGGCCAACAAGUUCAACAAGAGCGAGGGCCUGUUCGACAAGCCGCCGUCGUAUUACAUCGACGGUCGCGCCGACAGCUUGCGUAAAGCCAACGGAAGCUUAGACAGCAACGCCAGCAGCGACAGCUGCGACAGCUUCGACAACAAAGACGACUUCCAGAACAACGUCUGCAACCAAAACAGGAAUCUCAGCAGCAACGGUUUCGGAUACUUCAACAGUGACAUUACCCUCAGCUUUAAGCAGGAGCUCUCCAGGUGCAAUAAGGACUGGGUGGACAGGGACAGUGGCGUGGAGGAGGGCCGCAUCAGCGAUUUUGAGUUUGAGCUUUCCAAGGAGAAGAGCACCUCGCAGGAGUCGCUCGCCCAGAUCACGGGCUCGCUCCUCUCCCUGGAAUUGGAUCUGGGCCCGUCCAUCCUGGACGAUGUGCUCAACAUAAUGGAUAAACCUGCAGCAAAGAGCCGGCCUUGAGCUGCACCGUGGCCCCUCAGAUGAAUAAAGGGAAUUAUUAAAGGGGAGAAAGACUUAUGAGUAAUCAAAAUGGUGUCUGGAUAUAUCAUUGAGAUGAAAAUCAGCUACAGUAGACAAAGCUGCUUAUGUUUUUAUUGUCAAAACUUGUAACUAUUCUAGCUUCUAUGGAGUCUUUAUUUGUUUCCCUUUGUUUUGUUUGCCAUCCCAGCAGCAUGUCCAUGAUGCAUGUGCUUUUUGUGUUACAACUCCAUCACCUCCAUUGUGCCUUUGACCUUCAGCUACCAUAGACGUUUCCCAUGACGAGUCGAUGUCCCCAGGUUGACCUCCAGCGUUUAAACGCCGCUCGGCUCUUCUACUCGUGAUUUUCACACCUUUUUCGACUUUGAGUUUAUUUAAAACGGCACUUCUUGUGUGCAUCACGUGGUUUGUUGGCCAAUUUACUAUCUCACAUAACACUAUGCAUAUUUGUGUUUCUGACAUUGUAACACAAAUAAAUACAUUUUUCCAAUUCCA